GUGUGUAGUCUUUGGGUUCUCAAUGAGGUGGCGGACAGUCUCGGUUCUUGCGAACUAGUCGUCGCUGUUCGCGUACUUUUAACCUUUCCUAUCUCGCUCUAAACUGCAGCAACAAAUUUUCUCCUCGAUCUCACUCCCAGACUCUGCUCAUUUCCCCCUUCUCUACCACGUAGCCAUCUUACACUUCGUCCUCUCUCGUAGUCGAAGCCGUGCUAGGGUUUUAUCUGCUUUUCUGCGGCAUUUUAUCGUUCUCAACUUCACCGUUCUCCGCCGGCCGGCGAGCCAUGUCGGCAUCUGCGACGGCGGAUUCUUCCUCCUCGUCAACAAAAGGCCGUAUCCGCUACGCGCCGGCGGAUCCCACGCUCCCGAAACCUUGGCGAGGCCUCGUCGAUUCCAGCAGUGGUUACCUUUACUUUUGGAACCCGGAAACUAAUGUGACGCAAUACGAGAAACCUCUUCCCUCUUCUCCUCCUCCUCCUAUGCCGCAGCGUGAGGAUUCUCCUUCUACUGCCACCAAGGACUCUGAAAUCUACGAUGGUGAUCGGCUCCAGGAGAGCAAUGCAGCGAGCCUGGACUGCUACCAGAAUCAAGAGCCCGGGCCAGAAAAAGUUGACGAUGAGCCACCGUACAUGCAGAUAUCACAAGCUAACCAAGAUGCGGGAGUUGGUUUAUCUGCGGAGGCCUAUCGACGACGUCAUGAAAUUACUGUCAUUGGAGCAAAUGUUCCAAUUCCAUACAUCACAUUUGAGUCGACAGGUUUUCCAUCAGAGAUUCUAAGAGAGAUCAAUCAAGCAGGUUUUUCUGCACCUACUCCAAUCCAAGCACAAUCGUGGCCGGUUGCUUUGCAGAAUCGCGAUAUUGUCGCCGUUGCUAAAACAGGUUCAGGCAAAACAUUGGGGUAUCUCAUUCCAGGUUUCAUUCAUCUCAAGCGCCUCAGCAAAGAUGCUAGAAUGGGCCCGACCGUUUUGGUUUUGUCACCAACAAGAGAGUUAGCUACACAAAUACAUGAAGAAGCUACUAAGUUUGGAAAGUCAUCACGAAUUUUAAGUGCUUGUUUGUAUGGCGGAGCUCCUAAAGGUCCUCAGUUGAGAGAUAUAGACCGAGGAGUCCAUGUUGUGGUUGCAACUCCAGGAAGGUUGAAUGACAUAUUAGAGAUGAAAAGAUUGAACCUUGAUCAAGUUUCAUACCUGGUUCUUGAUGAGGCUGACCGGAUGCUGGACAUGGGUUUUGAACCACAGAUACGGAAAAUUGUGAAAGAAAUACCACCAACGCGCCAGACUCUUAUGUACACUGCUACUUGGCCUAAGGAAGUCCGAAAAAUUGCAUCAGAUUUACUUGUUAAACCUGUUCAGGUUAAUAUUGGCAGCAUUGAUGAACUUGUUGCUAAUAAAGCUAUUACGCAGCAUGUAGAAGUUAUUUCACACAUGCAGAAGAGACGUCGACUGGAACAGAUUUUGCUUUCUAAUGGGCCAUCAAAAUACAUAGUAUUCUGUUCUACGAAGAGAAUGUGUGAUCAGCUAGCUGGUUAUCUUGAUGGUCCAUUUGGUGCUUCUGCAAUUCAUGGCGACAAGUCUCAGAUAGAGCGUGAUAGGGUACUCAGUGAGUUCCGAAGUGGGAAGUCACCCAUUCUUGUGGCAACUGAUGUUGCAGCACGUGGAUUGGAUAUUAAGGAUAUCAGGUUUGUGAUCAACUAUGAUUUCCCCACAGGUGUUGAAGACUAUGUACACAGAAUAGGAAGAACUGGUAGAGCAGGCGCGACUGGAGUAGCUUACACAUUCUUUUGUGACCAGGAUUCCAAGCAUGCCUCAGAUCUUGUUAAAGUGUUGGAAGGGGCCGAUCAACAAGUUCCUUCAGAGCUACGAGAUAUGGCAUCCCGUGGUGGUUAUGGUACAAAGUUCCGGCGGUGGGCAUCGGACUCCAGCUAUGGCCAUAAUGAUCAUGGCUCCUCUCAGUACAGAUAUUGUCCAGAACGUCAAGAUCAGGACAGUAAACCUCAGUAUAAAAACGACGAUCAUAGCAACUACGGGGGAAAUGGAGGCGACAGCAGUGGCUGCAACCCUAGUUUCAGUCCUGGCCCCGCUGGCGACGACGAUGGAUUAGGCAAUGGCAGUCGUAGUCGAAGCCGAAGCCCUAAUCACAACAGUUGUAAGGUUGCACCAGGCCCCGAUGAUGCCUGGACUAAUGCUGCUAAUUCAUCAUGGUAGCCCUCGAGGCCAUAUCACAACAGAGAUUGAUCAGGCUGGUGCGUUUUGAUCGACACGGAUGGACUCUGGUGCCUUGCUUCUUUUGAUAGGUUAGUCUCUCUAACGUGUAUUAUCUUUGAACUUUUUUUGCCUUGUACAGUUCUUCACAUCAUAUUACUCUGAUCAGUAAGCCCACUCUUUUGUAUCAACUUUGUAAGCACAAUGUAUCUGACUAACACAGAGGGUUCUCAUAGGAUGAAGUACUGAAAAGUUGAUCAUGUUGUUAUGGCCCAA